AUGCGACUCGGCUGUGAUGACGCUCGAGCUGAAGUCCUAUGGCAUGGUCUCCACAUCAUCUACAUGAUUCAGCCCCAAGCAGUGAUCCUCGAGUGCACUCCUGCAGCAGGAACCAAUGAUGAAGUUCAAAACGCAUUGGCUACUUUGGCAGCAGCGAUGAAUUGGGAUCUUCUGAGUGUCAAUCUUGAUUUACAAGAUGUUUGGCCAUGCAAACGACACAGAUGGUGGGCUCUUUUGCUACCUAGUGAAUGGAACAAAGUGGGCAUGCCUCAGUGGAAUUUUCCCACUCCUUUUCAGAGCAUAGGAGCAAUUUUGGCAGACUGGGGUCAUUGGAGUCAUGAGGAUGAAAAUGCCCUUCAAUUGACCCCACACGAAUUGAUGAUGUACAAUGAUCCGCGUUUUGGACAUGAUGUCAGACAGCUGGAAUUGCACCACAUAGCAGCUACUUUGUUGCACAGCUACUCCAAUGCUCUUGAUGCCUGUCCCUGCGGCUGCCGCCAGAAGGGAUUUCAUCCGCUCACCUUGCAGAAGGGAGGUUUGAGAGGCUUCUACGUCAUCUCCAAGACCACAGGCAUGCCACGAUAUCUUCAUCCUCAGGAAGCCGGACAUCUCCUUGGACUUCCAAACUCCGUCCACUACAACCAAUCAGUGAGAGCGAGCUUGGCCCUUCUUGGACUCACGGCCUCACCACUACAAGCCAUCUGGGUUUUCGGACAUUUGAAGAAGAACAACUGGCUGGCGACACAGAAACAACCAUGUCCCAGGGUUGAAGACUGGCUUGGAGCUUAUUGCCAAGAACUCAUGGCUCAGACCAACACCUCUCUUGGACUUUCCAUCUCUCCACCAAUGUCUUUGGAUUUGAUGGCAUUCGGUGAGACCCUAGAGGUCAGGACCUUACCAGUCCACAUCCAAGCUUCUCAGCUCCUGCAGGCAGAGCGCAUUUCCUUGGACUGGAACGAAGGAGGAGAACUCUGGCAAGAUGGCCACCACCUUCGACUUCAUGACGCAUUGAAUCCAAGCAGUAGCACUGGACUUGAGCUACUCUGCUAUCACGGCCCAGCUGAACGAAACAAGCCAGUUCAGGAAAUCGUGAUUGCGAUUCAACAUGAAGAGGUUCUCCACAUCCAUCAAGUACCUCCUGGGCGUUUUCUGUUUGAGCUGCUGACGGACAUGGGUCUCCCUCUCGUCAGAAAGGUCAUCAACGCAGAAGGGAAGUUGCUACAAGUGGACUUCAGAUUGUGGCAACCUAUGGCCUUGUGGACUGUAACUGAAGCUCCUUGGCAUCAACCCAGCGGCUCAUUUAGGAGGGCAAAUGGAAGUGAAUCCCCUGAACAACUUGGACUACAUGAUGGCCAAAUCUGGAGUGGCAUUCACAGCAUCCUACGAAGACCUGAGGGGAUGCGAGAAACACACUUGAUCAUCCACCCGGCAACAGCUGAUGCCCUGCUCCAUGACUGGAUCUCACCAGCACACAUCCUGCAAAUGCAAGACGACUUCCAUCGCUCAUCUGGCAACAUCCUGUGCGUCUUUGAGGCCCAUCGACAUUGGACUUUCCUCUGGGGUCAGAAGCUGGACCACUAUAUCCACGGGACACACUUUGAUGGACUUUUUGGAUUUGUCUCCACAGAGGCGCAACUAUUGGCCUCCAACAUCUCAGGCCACUUGGGUUUGGAUUUUCACCCACCAAAGCACCGCUGUGACAUCCCUCAGCUGGACCCCCACACCUGUGGUACGGUGGCUCUCGCUCAUCUCCAUCAGUUGCUGAACCCUGGACUUAUGGUUCUGUCAACUGACAUCCUCUUUAUCCACACCUGGAUUCUUCACCACAGGGGACCCAGUGGAAGUAUCUAUGCCACCGGACUCACGACUCUGUCACCUGAGCAGAUGACAAAGCUCACGGGCCUACUUGCUGAGCAUGGGGUGCCAGAAAACAAACUUAUGGAACGAGCACAGUUUGUGAUUCAGAAACUGGGAGCUCCUGCCAUCAUUGCGGCUUUUGUCGCCAAGAACUGUGGUGACCCAUGGAUGGAUGCAACUUGCGACCCUUGGAAUUCUUGGCAACCAACCACGGGACAGUCAACUACCAAACCAGCUUCUGGCAAGAGUCAUCUGGCCGAAAUGACUGGACAACUUCGAGAUGAACUACAAGAAUCCAUGCGCAAAGAGCUGGAUCAAUACAAGCAACAACAUGAUGAUCGCAUGGGUGAACAGACCACGGCUGCCACCGAAGCUCGCUUCCUUCAGAUUGAAACUACGAUGGGUGAAAUCCAGGCCCAACAACAGCAGUUCAAUCAAUGGUUUACUCAGGUUGGCCAAGCCACAUCGGCAACUGAAACGGCCAUUCAGACCAUCAACUACACCUUGAGCACUCAUCAGCAAGAGCUUCAAGGAUUACAUCAGGAAGUGAAAACGGUGUCGGAGAACCUGGGCAACACCAUUCAGAAGACGCUGGUCAACCACCAAUCAGAGAUGACGGCGGACUUCUCAGCUCGCUUUGACAAGCUUGAGGCGAUGUUUGCCAAAAGACCCUCUGAUGUCCUCACCAUUGGCACCACCAACCCAGGAGGACUUAGAAACAAAGAAUGGCUAGCAGUGGACCAAGGGUGUGGAAUCUGGACUUACUCUGAGACUCAACUUUCCAGAGUCACCCAAUUUUCCACUGCCAAAGCGCUCAAGUACUAUGCCCAACAAGUUGGACGACAUCUCCAAGUCCACUUUGGCGCACCAGCUCCUUUGAGAGCACGUUCCACCUGGGCAGGAUCAUGGACAGGAGUGGCCUGCACCAGUGACUUUAGUUCCAAGCGUCUUCAAGUUCCCUGGCCUGAUGAUUUUUGGGAAUCUGGCCGAGUGCUGGCUACCCAACACUACGUGGGCCAUCACAUUGUGACGUUGGUCAGCAUUUAUGGUUUACCUCGUGGCCCCACCUGGCCAAAAGCCACGGCCAUCACAACGGAUAUCAUGGACUUUAUCUCAAAGGAGUUUGUGAUCGGCAGUUCCGGCAUUGUGCUGAUUGCUGGAGAUUUUAACUUCAGCCCCCAUGAGCUCACCAGUUUUGAUACGUGGAGGGCCUAUGGUUUUUGUUCAGCACAAGAAAUGGCCGCGCAGAGGUGGAAUCAUGAAAUUGUGCCGACUUGCAAAGGCACGACUGAAAGGGACAUGAUUUGGAUGUCUCCGAUGGCAGCCUCCCUGUGUAACAAUCUUCAUGUCCAAGAUGUCUUUCAUGACCACUCAUCUCUGGCGGUCGAAUUGAACAUUGGGGUGCUGAAGCCAUCAAUUCGCACAUGGCCCAGGCCGAGGGAGAUACCAUGGGAUCAAGUUCAAAUUGCUGAUUGGCAUCAACAAAGUCACGAAACUCAACCUCUUGAGCAUUCUAGUUCCACUGAGACCUUGAAACAGCUCGCUCGGACCUUUGAGCAGUCUCUGAAUGGUUUUGUCAGAGACCUGCCUUCUCGGUCUUUGUCUUCGGCGCACUGUGGGCGUGCGCAAAGACUUGCACCAGCCAAAUUGACACCCACGCCACAGUCUUGUAGGGCAAGCAGACCUGGCGAGGAGCACCUGGUUGCAGACACGGUGGACAAAGCUGUGAUCCUUUGGUUCAAACAACUAAGACGGAUCCAGUCAUACAGACACUCCAUCGUGGCUGGACAUCAACACCAGAAUGCUGUACAAUAUCGAAUCGAGCUGUGGUCCGCAAUACGACGCUCAAGAGGUUUUGAAGGUUCUUUUGAUGUAUGGUGGCUGCAACAAGACUUUGCACAAGUUCUUGGACCUUUGCCACUUCUACCACCUGAUGCCCAAGCAGCUGACCUGAUUUUUCAAGCCUUCCAUCAUGCUUUUCGUACCUUCGAAAGAUGGAACUUGCAGCAAAGACAACAAGUUUUGCAAGCCAGAUAUGACAAGACUAUGAAGGCCCUUUUUCACGACUUGCGAAAAGCCAGACCUGACCAAGUCGAUUCUUUUUGGGAUACUAUGGUUUUUGAGGUGAUUGCCACAAAGUCAGCAACGAAUGGCAUCCUUUUGAACAAACAGGCGUUUUCGCCCAGCGGCAGCCCGUGGAGCAGAUGGAUGGGCCAGAUUGGAUCUUCUCAACAUGCCAAGAGCACUGAUGCAGAGGAUGCUCUCUAUUCUCUCAGCAGUGGAAAAUGGCAGCCAGCCAUGGCCACAACAGCUCCUGGAAGGGAGGCACGUUUGGUUGCAUGGGCCUUCUUUACUUUGAGGGCUUUCCUGACCAUGUGGGGCCUCUCCAUUGAUGUGGACAAGACCUAUGCUUGGGGUACCACGCGCGAGCUCCGAAACCAACUGGGCCAUUUGGGCAUCAACGUUGUGCAGGAUGCCAGUGAACUGGGAGGCUCCCUUUCCUUUACUGCAGCGCAUAGGGUCCGAAUCUUCCUUCGCAGAGGAGACUCUCUGCAGGAGAAGUGGCUUCAGUUACGCAGAUCCAGGGCGCCAUUAGCUCAGAAGCUUGCAAUUCUGCCGAUGGUGUUUUGGGCACGAGCUCUACAUGGUGCAUUAGGGUGUGUUUUUGCAGAGAACCAUGUCACCAAGUUGCGCACUCAAGCAGUCAAACACAUGGGCAUUCAAUUAGCUGGCUCAAACCCUCUUCUUCGACUUUCAUUGGCUUCGCCUACUACCGCUGAUCCUGGUUUUUACCAGCUGCGCUCAGCCAUUUUUGAUAUUCGGAGAUUGUGUAGAAAGAGCCCAGAUUUACUGCAGUACUGGCAAUUUUUCAUGAAACGCUUUGAAGGGGUUCUUCACGAUGGGCCUUUUUCCAAACUGAUCUCGUUGCUCAAUAGCAUAGGCUGGCAGAUACUUAUACCUCCUUGUUUUCGAGAUCAUGAUGGGUUCAUCCAUGACCUUUUUGAGAUUUCACAUGGAACACUGGACAGACUGCUGACUGAUGCAUGGUUUCAACAUGUUGCUACCAGAGUGCACCACAAGACCAUGGCUGGUCUAGAGGGCCUCGAUGUGGAGUUGACGAAACUUGACCAUGACAAACAGACACCAUUAACACUGUCGAGGGUGCGAGCCUUGCAGUCCGGUGCCUUUGUUUCCUCAUGGCAACAUGCAAAGUUUGACAAAACUAAGCAGCCGGUUUGUCAGGUUUGCCUCACACCGGACACGCAGACACACUGGUUGACAUGUCCAAGAUUUGACACUCAGCGCCAUGAAUGCGGCGAUUUGCUGGCAUGGAUUGACUCUGCACCUCCUUGCGUAACUUUGCACUUGCUGGCACCGCGCUCACCAUUUGUGCAGCCUCUCAAGACCUACUUUCUUGGCCUGGAGGACGCUUGCUGCACCUUUAACAGUGCUCCUAGGUGGGGGGAAACCAAUCAUGUUUUCACUGAUGGUUCUUUUUUCAAAGGGAUUGUUUCAACCUUAGACAGAGCUGCAUGGGCGGUUGUGAACGCCACCACGGGCCGCAGCAUCAGUCAUGGACCAGUCCCUGGACUCCUACAGACCAUUGGACGGGCAGAACUUUGGGGCAUCUUGUCAGCGAUCGAAUGGGCCAUCACUUAUGAUGCGGAGAUCAUCCUCUGGACUGACUCAGCAGGAACUUGGCGUAAGGCAAGACGACUCCAACAGCAUGAUGGAGAACUUUUCUUUGAUGGAGAGAACGAUGAUUUGUGGCGGAAACUGACGGAGGCAUUGAUGCGUACCAGAGAGGGCCAAAUUGACUUCCGCUGGACUCCCUCCCACAUUGACACCAUCAAAUGUGACAACGCCAUUGAGGAGUUCCUUGCAGUCUGGAACGACAUAGUAGAUCGACAUGCCAUCCAAGCCAACCGGCAGAGAGGCGACCAAGCGCAGCAACUUCUGAACGAAGCUGAAGAAUACUACAAGCUUUGGAAGGAUAGACUGCACCACUUGCGAACCUUCUACACGCUGGUUGCGGAUGCACGACAAGAACCCCUUGAAGUCAUAGAUCUGAUAGCUGAGCCGGCAAAUUUAGCCCAACAAGUGGCUGGAAUCACUCUUGGGGAUGCCUUGCCAGUGAAUUGGCAGUUGAUUUUGGCAUACUCUCAAGAAUCCUUGAAGUUUCCCAUUGAAUUCGUUUUCAGUUUGGUUCACUUUUGCAUCACGGGUCUUGAUCGGCGUUGUGCCGGGAUUGCGAUUCCGGUUGAUGGUGUUUUGCUGUCUCUGCCGCAUGAGCUCUCAGCCCAGAUUUGUCAGAUUUCCAGCAGCUUUUUUGGGCCGAAGCUCCUGCGGAAGGCAGCUGAUUUGGCCAAACCUAUGGCGUAA